AUGUCCACGGAAAAUAAUAAUAAUAAUAACAAUGGAAUUAUUGGUAGUCCAUUAAGUGGUAAUAGUGUUUUAAGUGGUAGUGGAUCAGUUUUAGAUAGUGAUAAAAUUCAAAAGAUUGUAAAUAACUAUCAAAAAGUAAAGAAUCAAAAUGCUAUACUAAAGAAAGCAUUAUUACAAGAACAACAAAAAACAAAUGACUUGGAAAAAGGAUUAAAGGAAAAAGAACAAGCAUUAACAACAUCACUACAAGAACAUGAUGUAUUAGAUUUUAAUAAUCAAAGAUUAACAAAAAGAAUUCAAUUAAUGCAAGAUCAUAUGAAUGAGAAAAAAGAAAGUGGUGGACAAUGGUUUGGUGGUAAGAAUCAAAAAUUAGAAAUUCAAAAAAAAGAAGAAGAAAUUAAUAUAUUAAGAAGUGAAUUACAAGAAAAGAUUGAUGAUAAUGAAGGAUUACAUAGUGUAAAUAUUGAAAAAGAGAAUGCAUAUAAAUCAUUGGAACAAGAUUUGAAAUCUUCAAUAACAGAGAAAGAAAGAGAGAUUCAAGAGAAACAAGAGAAAAUCAAUGUUUUAUUGAUUGAACAAAAAGAGAGUGAAAAGAAACUUCAUGAUCAAACCAAAGGUUUACGUGAUGCAAUAUCAUUGUUGGAGAUUAAUUUCAAACAGGUCUAUAGUUCAACCAAACAAAGAGAUGAUUCAUUCAUAAGGUUGAGUGAAUUGAUUCAAACUGGUUUAAAUUCAAAUUUACCAUUGAUUUCAUUCGAUUAUCCAUUAGAGAAUAUUACGCCAUCCAAUGAAAGAUUUCCAAUUGAAGAUAUCAUUGAAACAAUUGAGAAAUCAAAUAGCAGCAAUAAUAAUAAUACAAUUAUAAACAUUGAUUCAAAUACAAUUAAAACCAUAUCAGAUCGUAAUUCAUGGAUACCACCAAUUAAAUCAAUCAUUGGUAGUGUUCAACAAUUCCUUUCCUAUCAUUUGGAACAAGUUUCACAAUUGAUUUCAUCUCAUCGUUCAUCAAUGUCACAAUUGAUUGAAACUAAUCAACAGGAAUUCAAAAGAUUAAAUCAACAACUUAACGAUCUACUUUUACAAAAGGAGGAAUUGGAAUUUAGACUCAAUACCGUUGGUGAACAAUUACUAAAAAAGGAGUUUGAAAUCUCUGAACAUUCAGCUAGCAUUAAAACUAUAAAUGAAACCAUUUCAAAACUUCAAGAUUCAAAUCAACAAUUGGAUUCCCAAUCAUUACGUGAUAAAGAAUCCUAUAAUCAAAUGAAAAAACAAUUUGAAUCUCAAAUUAAAUCCAUAAAAUCAGAUUUUGAACUAGAAAUGAAACAAGCAAAAGAUCAAAAUCAAGCACUCUUAAAACAUCAAAAAGGUUUAUUAAAUUCAAAAAUUAAUGAAAAAGAUUUAAUCAUUUCAAAUUUAGAGAAGAAAUUAUCUUUAAUUCAAAAAUCUUUAUCAAAUAAUUCUUCACCACAAAUAUCAAUACAACAACAACAACAACAAUCACCAAUACUUUUAGAUUUAAAUAAUAAUUAUAAUAAUGAUGAUAACAAUACAAAUACAAACACAAAUACAAAUUCAAUUAGUAACGAUUUAAUAGAUUUAUCAUUCCUUGAAAGUAAUGGUUUAUCAAAUAAUAAUAAUAAUAAUAAUAAUAAUAAUAAUAAUAAUAAUAAUAGUAAUAAUAAUAAUAAUAAUAAUAAUAAUAAUAAUAAUAAAAAUAAUUUUAGCGAACAAAAUAGUAAUAAUAAUAAUAGUAGUAAUAGUUUAAUUAAUCUUGACGAUGAUAUAAUAUUGGAUACGCAAAUUGAUGAAGAAAAACAAAUUAAACAAGAAAAUAAUAAUAACAAUAAUAGUGGUAAUAAUAGUUUAGAAAAUAGUGUUAUCUUAACAACUCCAAGACCAGUAGUUAGUGAUAGAUUUAAAUUAUCAGUUUUAGAUGAAACAGGUGAUGAAUCUGAUUCAUUAAACUUUUCAAUGACAGAUAAAGAAAGAGAGAAUGAAAUGAAAGUUUAUUAUGAAAAUAAGAUUACACAAUUAUUGAAUAAGAUAUCAAAUAUUGAUGCUAAAGCAUUAAGAUACUAUGAUCAAUAUCAACAAUUAAUGAAAAAAGGUGGUGCUAGUCAAAGUGAAUUAGAUUCUACCAUUUUGGAAUUAAAGAAUUGUAAAGUUGAAUUAAAGAAUACCAAAGAUGAAUUAGAGGUUACUCGUGUAAACUACGAUCAACAAAUGAGAUAUCUCACUGAACAAUUCAUUUCUUUGAAUGAGAAUGUAAGCUCACUCGAUAGUCAACUCAUUAAAAUUAAACAAUAUAAAGUUUCUUGUGGUAAAUGUAAACAUUGGAAUCAAUUGGAAUUCAUUUUCUCUCCAAAUAAUCAAGGUUUAUAUUGUUCAAAAGGUCAUCCAAUUUUAACAAUUCAACCUUAG